CUUGAUCCAAACGCUCCUGUUUUAAUCGCUUGGAGGCUUUUGUGUCGUCGCUGGUUCGUUUUUUUGCUGUAUUUCGUCGUAAACCUGCACACAUGGAGUCGGACGAGCCCGCGCUGAGCGCGGCGCAGCGGCGAGCGGAGCUCCGCCGGAGGAAGCUGCUCAUGAACUCCGAGGAGCGGAUCCACAGGAUCGUGGGCUACGCCAAGACCGACGACAGCCCCGGAGCCUCCCGCCGGCCCUCGGAGCCGCGCUUCCACCUGGACCUGGACCGGGCAGAGCCGUGGUCCUCGUCCUCCGCGAGGCCGUCUCCCUUCCUGCCGGAGGCCUCGGUCCUCGGCAGCCGCUCUCUCAACGCCACCCCGGAGCGGCGCGGCUCGCCGCUGCCGGACUGCGGCGAUCCGCCCGGAGCGUCUCUGGAGGACGACAUCAGCGGCCUCCGACAGCGGCUGAAGGCAGAGCGGGGCCCGGCGGACGAUGUUGUCAGCGGCGGCUCCCCGCAUCGAGGUUUCCAGAAGUACCUGUCCCGCUUCGACGACGCCAUGAAGCUCCGCGGCCAGCUGGCCAGCGAGAAGCAGGCGCAGGACGGAGCGUCCGAGCCCGAGGAGAUCGAUCCCUUCAGGAUCUUCAGGCUCAUCGGAAGCAUCCUCCUGGCUAUAUUCGUCAGGGUUUUUGUCUGCAAAUAUCUGUCAAUAUUUGCUCCAUUUCUGACCCUUGAACUGGCCUACAUGGGAUUGUCCAAAUACUUUCCAAAGGUAGAGCAGAAGACUACGACCACCGUUCUCACCGCUGCCCUGCUGCUCUCCGGCAUCCCCGCUGAGGUCAUCAACCGCUCCAUGGACACCUACAGGAGGAUGGGGGACGUCUUCUCCGAUCUCUGCGUCUACUUCUUCACAUUCAUCCUCUCACACGAGAUCUUGCUGCUCAUUGGCUCAGAGACGCCCUAAUUGAUUGGGAGGACCCCAGUAACCCUAACCUGUCCCCUCUCUUUGUCGUCUUCCCUCCCAUUGUCUCCCAUAGCAACAAGGCCCGCUCAUUUGUGCCCCCUGGGGCCUGCGUUGUUUCCGAGUGUCUGGAAACAGAUCCCCUGCUCCCUCACGAUCAGGGCGGCACGUCCCGUGGACGAGUGCUCGUUGUUUCAGGAUUCCUACGUGCGACCACGGAGUCCAGUGUUUGUUGCUUUCAUUCUGAAGAGAAAGAUGGUUUGGGCUUUGUGAGUGUGUGUGUGAAGAAUUAAACGGCAUUUAUUGUGCUUAUCAUUUUUUUUUAUUAUUUGAAGGCAAAAACAAGAUUGUGGAGGACACAGUCAAGAUGAUCAGCCACACUUUACUGGACAGCCAUAAAAGGACAUUAAUAUAUAUUAGACACGUACGCUCAAUACCUGAAAUGAUCAAACCGGGUUCAGUGUGAACCUUCAGUACGCUAAUACAAAGGUAGUUGUUGGAUAAAUACUUUAAAAAGGUCAAAGUGAAAAUGGAACCAGUUACCGUCAUGUUAUGCAGCCUUUGCUCCUCGUAACUGUAGCCGGCCUGUAACGCCCCCGGAGCCUUUUAUAACAGACUAACUGCAGAAAGUGAGCACAUAGUUGUGUUUUGAAUGUUCUCAAAGAUUGCAAAUGCGAGUAAGAAAGACCCAGUCUUGCUUUGAUUCAUUAUCACCCGCUCUACAUCUCCAGAUGAUGACAUCACACGCAGAUCAGGGGGGAUUUAUUCAGGCCAGCAGCUCAACAGGCAUCAUUGUCAUGUUUUUGCAUCAGGAAUAGUUGGAAUCGGCGUACUUCAGUCCUCUUUCUGCAAGAAUUAAAUGAAUAAAGGUUAAAUAGUGACAUUUUCAACCGUGUUGCAUGAUGAUAAGCUGUUAUGUGCAGACUCGGCUGUGUUGCAGUGUUUUUAGUGGCGAGCUCAGCUUCUCCUGCUCUGUGCGGUGUAAUCAAAGUUUCCGUUCCUCUGUUGUUGCCAGCUGAUGUUGCCGUUAUCCCUGCAUCCGUGUUGGUCCUCGUGUGUAGCGCUGCACGGGCAGGAGAGCAUCCUGCUUUCCCUACACUGUGAGGAAUCUCCAUCUGAUUGUGGAGGUUUUGGGGGCCUGCGUGUAUCGAGCACCCCCAGUAUUUCUGCCUGACCGCCUUUUUAAAGCAGCUCAAUUUUUGUUUACUUCACCGAUUUAAUGAUUUAACUAUAUGAAAGUUGUAAGUCUUUUUUUUAAUAUAUAUAUAAAAGUGGCUUAUAAUGAACUGAAGAGCAUUCAAUACCAUCUUAAUGUCGUAUAAAGAGGUAAUCAAGAGCCUUAGGGGUAAAAAUUGUUUUGAAUAAAGGAAAUAAAUCAAUGAAAAUGAACCAGGAUCAAGUGAGUUUCCACUGAAAGCCCUCCAGUGUUUGCUUAGUUUGAUAUCAAAGUAUUUGGGAACAUCACAACUUUUUUUUUUUUUUUAGCUUGGUCUUGACGGAGCAGCUGCAGUCAGGUGUACUUUAACAACAUGAACUCUAACCGCUGGAUGUGAAUCUUUGGUGUUGUCGCUUUAACUCUCAGCUGCGCUUUGUUCUCCAAAGGGUCCAUCGACGUCACAAACAUUUUUCUUAAGUCUGGAAUAAAAAUAGCAUUUUUAACCCCCAAAAAACUGUAAAAUAAGUAUUAUUUUGUGCACCUGUGACGUCAAAGUCGCAGUAACAUCCAACAUGUGAUUUAUCUGCUUAUUUCUGUCAAGUAACUCUGGUGAUGUGUUUCGCUUUGCUUUCUUCAAGCCUCAAACAUACAAACUUUAUGGACUUUGUUCUGCUGUCGUGUCCUUGCUUCAUAUUUCAAAUUUUCAUCUGACUUAAUUUAUUGAUGUAAGUUUUUUUAUUUUAUUUACAUGUGUGUAAACUGAUUUGGUGUAACCUCCAAGUUUCCUUUUGAUAAAAAUCUUUACAGAAAAAUUGUUUUUAAUAUUGCAAAGAUAGUGUUGUGAUGUAAAUUGUCUCUGCUUCAGAAUGUAAACAGGAAUAGAGUCAGAUGGUUCAUACCAAAUAAAUACUACUUGUGUGACGUAUUCUGUUUUCACUGUUG